ACUCGGCAACGUCGCACACCUUUAAAUCGAUAAAAACGGUGGACACCUCUUUUAACAUUUACUAAAAUAUUCUUGGAUGGAUUUUAUCAACACAAUGGGAAUCUACGAUUACAUGAAUUACGUGGUUUUCGAUAACCCUGUUUCGAAAAAAGUGACAUCUCUUGUAACGGGAAAUGGAGAAAAAUCGGCGAUGCCCCAAAUUACAGUCAUAUCUGAAAAAACACCUUUAUGGAAACUUUCAGCAGAAGCCGGUCCGUUUUUAAAGGUAGCCGGUAUUAUGGGGGCCUCUGCUGUUGCCUUGGGUGCAUACGGAGCGCACAAAUCAUACCCAAAAGACAGAGCCGAUGAGUUAAAGGCAAUAUUUGAAACUGGAAAUAAAUUCCAUUUCUUUCACAGUUUGGCUUUGUUGGGGGUUCCCAUGUGCAAACACCCAGUAGUAACAGGUUCUUUGAUGUUAAGUGGUACAAUUUUAUUUUGCGGCCCCUGUUAUUACCAUGCAAUUACUGGUGAAAACAAGAUUGGAAAGUUGGCUCCCAUUGGGGGCACAAUGCUGAUUAUAGGAUGGUUGUCAAUGAUUUUUUAAUUUUAUAAUUUAUAUUAAAUAAUAAGAUUAAUGUAGGCAGGUAAUAUGAAUAUUUUUAAUUUUUUGUUAAUUACACUUUAAACCAUAUGAAUUGUUUUAUUUUUGUGGUAAAAAGAAAAUAUUGUUGAAUAAUUUUUUG